CAUACGUCUUAUACAAUUACACAAAAUACAAGAUAAGAAUUAUCUUAUUAUUUAAAACUGCCUAUACUUCAUAGUUGCCUAGAUUUAACAAGAAUACAAUCACACAUCGUUCAUAAAAAAAACAAGCAUGAUGAUCAUUAUACAUAGCGAGGCCUAAUUCACACGGACGGCGGCGUAUUAAGUUGAACUCAGUUCGAUUUGAAAUGCCCUCCAAUACUUGGUAGCUGUGGCUCGAUUGGCGGUUACCGGUGUAAGUUCGAAAGAGAAGGGAAUGCGCAGAAGCACGUGGAUUUGUUUAGACGACUGUCAAGCCCCUUUCGUAGCGCAUUUACAAAGUCCGUGGGGUGCUUCCGGUAAGCCCCGUAGCUGGCGGCGCUUUCCCGAUAAACGAUACCGGGGGCCAACGGGGGCGACAAGAUCCACUGUCUACCUCCCUUCUCUCUCCCAUUCUUCCCGCCCAACCAUACCACCGUCCCUCUACCCCUGGAUCCCCUCUUUACCCACACACGACGGCAUUACACCUCCGAUGCAGAGACAGAGACAGCGACAGGGGCAGGGGAGUGACGACGGCGACGAUGCCCGGCGAAACGAGCGAUGGAGGAGGGGAAGACAUCAACGGCGGACAAGGCCGCCAUAUUGAAUCACUCUCGUUAAUUUUUGCGCAGAGGCGGUGUGAAUUUUUUCUCCUUGCGCGGAAGGUAGCAGCUCAAGGUUGGUGUCUGGGAUUCGCGUAUCGUCACGAACGUUUUCGCGGUUACUGCUGGCACGCGUCAUCCCCUGUCCAUUUAAUCAGACUCUCUUCCUCUCUUUCUCUGUGUAUACGUACAUAUUUUGUUUUCGUGUUUGUUACAACACGGAGUUGGUUCAGCCACAGUUUAGAGGAAGCCGCGAGGGACAUGGUUAAAACAAUGCGCGGGUACGCCAGACGAAAAAGAUUCACGAAAACAUGCGGAAAUCGCGCGUGUAUGAUCGCGAGGCGGUGAAGUGUACUCGUGAUAGGGAGGGACACUCAAGAGAAGUGAAGUGUAUGCGUACACUGACUGCGGUAUGUCGUGUGCGCCAUGUCAUUGUACGUAAGCGAUAGUAUAGAGUAAUAUAUCGUAGUGGAGUGGAGUGAAGUGGAGUGGAAAGCGACCAGACCGCCUUGCCUGCCUAACUGUCUACCUAACAGCGUGCCUCUCUACCUGCUGCUUCUCUUGGUUGUCGUCUUUGCCUGCUGCCUAUCUACACUAGCCUCUACCUAUCUGAUUGUGCCCCAUUUGUACGUCCGUUUUAUGUCCAAGAGUCGACUGACUUUGCAUGUCAAGUCGAUUUACACAAAUUCGGAUCAACCUUUUCAUUGACCUCCUCUCAGCCCGUUCCCGAUGCCGUUCGUGUGGGUGAGUGGCUGACUCGUGUGGUAGGGGGUAGAGAGACCCGGCGACGAGGGGUGAGGGGAGAAAUAAUUAAUGUGCGACCGUACCUCUCCCCUCACAGUACUGGGCACCCCCCAGUCCCCCUUCCACAGUCUUGUACCGCUACGCUUAGCUGCCAUUGUGCCGAGACGCCACUUCCGAAGCAUCAAAUUCAAUUCUUCGAUUUUCGUCACCGCCAUCAAAUUCUUCCUUCUGAGAUACAAGUUUUCGGUAAAGAAAGAUUGAAAGGAAAGGGCACGCAGUGUAUAGUGCUGCCGGCAGCCUCAGCAAAGCGCGCCAAUAUCCUCGUGCACGAUCUCAAACCACCGAUAUAUUCCCUUCUUUGAACGUCUUUGAAUACCACGAGAGGUUAGGUUAGGACUAAACUUUGCUUCCGUGGAUAUCGGCCGAUCGCCUUGCAAACCGAACACGAUCUUUUUAUCAACCGUUUUAAGUACCGCGAAGUUAAUCGCGUUACCGGUGGUGCUCUACUGUGAUGUUGUGAUUGCGUCCUUUGCAAGCAAAGACGCAACUUGCCUUUGAAAUAAAAAGAGGGAAGAGCAGAGAACCACGAUGUUCCGGUGCAUAUGAAACGGAAUGCUCGAACGGAAAUUUUUGAGUUGCUGAAUUUGAAAGAAUGGAAGCCAUGGAUUUGGACGGGGAUGCGGUUGUUGACUUGAGUGUUAGCAGCAGUAGCAGGAGAAAUUCUCCAUCGAUAACUGUUAACUCUGGUGACGUAGGAGUUCCAUUAGAUUUAGGUGUUCACUUUUCUUCGAGUCCUAAUGUGGACAACAACAUGCCAGAAGCACGUAAUAUUCAGAAUGCAGCAAGAGGCAUUUUAGCUCCCAAGUCUGGAGAUGAUAGGAAAACUCGUCGUAAUCUUAGACCUAGAAUUGAAAUAAGUUAUGCAGAAACUCCCGAUGAACGUAGAAUAAAUGGUUAUGUGAAUGGAAAUGCAGACAGCGAUGAAGGUGAUAUGCCUCCUUUGCCUCCAAUAAAAGAAUUAUCAUCGGAUGAGUUGGCUGAACGUGAGAGAACGCUUAGAAAGUUAAGAGAGGAACUUAGAUCUGAGGAAAUGAAAUUGGUAUUACUGAAGAAAUUAAGGCAAUCUCAGCAACUGAAAGAAAAUAUUGCAGCUGUCCCUAAAGUACCAAGUAAAUUACCCCCACCAGUUACAGUACAACCAGCUCCUCAUAGUAACGUACCUGUUUCCAGUCAUAGGACAGGCAAGGCACCACCACCUUUGCUUAGAGGACAACCUGCACCCAGUAGAAGCAGUAGUUUACAUGCACCACCACCUGGAAUGUUAUUACCUCCCACAGUUGGACGAAGUUCUACUUCUAGUACUGGAAUGCCACCUAACAUGGUCAUACCACAACCACCUCAUCCUAGAGGCAGGCCACCUAGUGCGACACCAAAUGUGUCAAAUUAUCAUGCACCUGCAGACAGGACUGAGAGGUCCACAAAAGAUCCAACACCCACUCCAGCACAUCAAGUAAGUAAGCUGCUUGUUGGACCUCAAGAAAAUAAAACCACCGCAUCCUUAAGCACACCUGUGAUUUCAGAGCAGGAAAGACCAAGGGAUGAUAAUCAAACACCUGCACAACGUCAGGCAGCUGCUAAAUUGGCUUUAAGAAAACAACUCGAAAAGACCUUGUUACAAAUACCGCCUCCGAAACCUCCGCCACCGGAGAUGCACUUCGUGCCAAAUCCAUCUAAUACGGAAUUUAUAUACUUGGUGGGUCUGGAGCAUGUAGUUGAUUUUAUCACUAAAGAACCAGCUAUUCCACCACCUCCAGAACCGUUUGAGUGUACUCAAUGUAAAACGGAUUUCACACCAGUAUGGAAAUGGGAAAAGCCUGUGACUGGUGGUAAAAAGGAAGGUCCAAGAGGGCAACAUGCAACUUUCCAAAGACCUCCAGCAGGUCGUGAUCCUCGAGUUAUAUGCGAACAUUGUGUAACGACCAAUGUUAAAAAGGCUCUUAAAGCAGAACAUACUAAUCGGUUAAAAACAGCAUUUGUAAAAGCACUGCAGCAGGAACAAGAAAUAGAGCAAAGGUUGGCGCAAGCAGCGUGCCCUAGCCCAGACCCACCAGCUCCUAAACUAGUUCCUAAAGCAGCUACUCCUACGAGAAGAGUAGCAACACCACCAGCCCCUCCACCACAAGUUUCACCGGCACCGACACUAGCACCAACUCCACCAGCACCCAAGUUACAAGAGCAUCCUCUUGUUAAAUUGGCAGAAAGCGGAAAAUUCACCUCACCUCACGUUGCUGCGGCUGCCUUACAACAACAGUUGCUCAGAGAGCUGACAAAAAAUCCAGUACCAGGCCUGCCACCUCAUCAACCUCUUCCUGCUCACAUGAUGCCACCAUUUACCUCGAUAUUAUAUCCCUACCAAAUAGCGAUGGCGCAAGCUGGCGGAAAAGGUCUCGCAGAAUUACAACGACAAGCGGCAGACUUGCAACGCCAAUAUUUGCUUGAUAUGAUUCCAUCACAAGCAUCUCAAGCACAGGGCAACCAGGCACCACCUCGAGCCCAUCCACAUAAUUGGAAAACGUAACCGGACGCAUUUAAAGAUCGACCAUUAAACACAAAUAAAUGAAACUGUGCAGAACUGUGUUAGAGAAUAUUGAGAAAUAAGGAUACUCGUAUUCUUUUUCCAUGAUAAUGUACUAAAUGGAAAUUUUUCAAUGGAGUGUGAUUGUUACACUUUCAUGACAGUUCUAGAAUAAUGUACCGAUCUGUGUACGAUUGGUAUCUUUAUUUACAAUAUGAAGCUCAAACUUGGAACAAUGGAACAAGACACUUCCUGUAUUAUUGUGAAAAUGGAAGAAUUUUAACCAUGAUUUUGUGGAUAUGCAUUGACGUGUGAGUGUGAGUUUUGAUUGUUACCCGGAAGGUUCGAUGUUUUGUCGUCUCGAACAAAUCUAAACUUUCAGUUAAUAAUACACAAAUGAUAAUUAGCUUAAUUCUCCUGGUGAUUUCCAAAGGGAGAGAGAGAAUUAAAUGUUCACGUUUAACUCAAAGGCCAACAAUUAAAAAAUUCUCUAAUUGGUUUCUUCUAAGAGCAAUAUCUGUUCUUUUGUUUUUCGUGUUACAUUAUGUUGGUACUAACAAUAUUGCAAAAGAAUAAUAGGUGAAUGUCAAUCAAUUGGAGUAAGUGCAUAAUAACUUGGACGCACAUAAAUGAAUAUAAUUGCUUCAACUAUUACAUUAUAUAUAUUGUAUCUACAUAAAGAACCAAGUGGACAUUUAUAAGGCACUAAAGACAGUACUAAGUGUUACAUGAUCAUAAAAAAAAUUGGUUGAUCCACAAUAGUAGACAUAAUCGGAGAGGAAGAGAGCGAACGAACGAGCGAGAGAGGGAAAGAAAGAAAGUGAGAAUGAGAAAGUGAACACGUAUUAAUACGUGAGGUAAAGUAAAAUUGAGAAGAAAAUGGGAUCUUUUUUAGACCCUUGAUAUAUUAUAGUUAAGCCAACCUUUGUCGCUGGUUUGAAUAAUUUUUUUAACCAUCAGCGGUACCUGUGCUAUGUGUAUAUCUCUUUAUUUUCUUCAAACUGUAAGUAUUUUUAAGACAAUUAUAACAAUUGCGAAAGAAAAAAGUGCGAAAGCAAGAGCGAAUGAGAGAGAAAGUUGUAGAUUACUGAUGAGAGAAAACGAAAAAGAAACAAACGACCUUUAUAAAAAAAUGUGUGUCACUGAUAUAGUGAAAAAAACGAAUGUGGGUGUGAUAGCGAUGUUUUCCGUUUUUUUCUUUUUUUUUUAUUUUUCUUUUUUUGUCGUUAUUACGGAAGAACAGAGAAUGAGUAUUCAACAUGUUUAAAAGAAUAGAUAGAGUGACACGAGUGUCAUUCGCGCACAAAUCGUAGAAAUUUCGUGAUAAGACUUUUUCAGGCUCAUUUUGAUGCAGGAUGUAUUUAAAAAAGGAAAAGUAAAAAAGUAAAAAAAAAGACGUGGAAUGAAGAAAAAUAUAUAAAAAUAUAGAGAAAAGAAAGAAAGAAAAUCUAUCGAUUAAGAUGUAAAUUACUAAUGAUAGCGCGAUUGAUUUCAUGUGUCACGUUGAUGUAAAAGUAUUUAAUGAAUUUAAACAGAUCGUAUAUGUAUCCGAAGUUUUUCCGGAAGGAAGAAACAAAAAAAAAAUGAUUUAUGUGGCAGAUCGCCGAAUUUUUAUGAAAUCCUCUCUUCUGAAAAAAAGAACAAAACGAAAAAAAAAGUUUAUCUGCACAUUAAAAAGAGAAAAAGAAAAAAGAAAGAAAGAACGAGUUUAACAAAGCAAAAUCUCUCCGGCACACAUCCCAAGCAAUACUUAUUACCACUUCCACUUUUAAAUAAUCUGAUUUUUCAUUGAUUACCGGCUAAUUAACCGAUCUUGGUCACAAUUUCCGAAUCACUAAAUAUAUAGUUAACUGUAGUCUUGAUAUUUCUCGGUAUAUGAUACAAGUUAAUAAACUAAAAAUAGCAUAAUCAAUCUCUCUUUGUACUACGUGAUAGAUUUUGAACUCAUACUUGAUAUACAUGUACACCGUAAUAAGUCUAUCGAUCGCAUAAUAGAUCAAGAUCUGUGUUUUUUGUGUAAGAAGAAUCGAAGUAAUGUCAUUGUUGUCAAUUGUCAUUUUUGCCAGGACGCUACCGCUGUCAUUCUCCUGAUCGUAAACAAAAGAAAAAAUGGACAAAAAAAAAAUGAAAAAGAAAUGUAGAAACGAAAAAAAGCGGAGUAUUUCAUCGUCACGAUCACACAUAUGAAGCGAGGGAGUGCAUGGUAUCUUAACGCACAAUAAUCAUAUAUAAUCGAUAUAUCUUAAUUUAAUUAUUGUAUCUUAUUAAUCAUUUGUAACAUACAUCUAUGUUUUCACCUUCUUAAUUUCAUAAAUUUUACAUUGAGAUAAAAGUAGUGAGAAUAUUUUAACCCUAAAUUGGUAUCAUUAGGCCUUACUUUGGGUAACCUAUAACGGAAAGGUUUUGAGUUAAGUUAUUUAAUUUCAAAAUACUUCACUUUAGUAUUUGUAAGGCACUUUAUUCUAAAGUAUGUUUGCUUUAUUUUAUAUUCUGUAUAUUGCGUGAUAAAUAUAAUCAGUUUAUCGCACAAGAUGCAAAAUAUAAAAGAAAAUUGAUGAUAUUAAAAUUUAAUAAUCUUAAAUCCUUUGACCAAACGAUAUUUGUAUGUAAAGGGUUAUUUUUAAAUUUAUUGCUAUUAUCAUAUUAUGUAUAUACUAGAUAUUUGCGUUUUGUUACCAACCUCCCUUUUUUCAACAAAUGUAUAACUGUUCCAUUAAAAAAAAAGAAACAGAAUAAAAUAAAAAGUGAAGAUGCAUGCAGCAUCGUCAAUCUCAUGACUGCCGAAAUCGCGUAAGACGUUUCGCGUGAUCGACGAUUCGUCAGACUGAUCGUCGAUCACGAUUACUUCGAAUUUUACGCGAUAAUGGGAGAACGUUCAAAACAAUUACAUUGGAUUUUUUCACAUGGUAAUGCGAAACGAGUGUUCGAAAAGAAAAGAACGAAUAAUGCAAACAACAAAAGAAAAGAAAUGAAAAAGAAAAAGCAACUAAUACGUUUCUUCCUAUCUUCCUUUCUAGUCUUGUCUUUCACCUCUGUGUGGUGCUGAUUUAAGAAUUGAAAGUACUCUGUAGUACGAAAGUAUAAUUUUAUAUUCUAAACAGGAAAAAAGAAAAUGGAAAAAAUGAGGAAAAAAUGGAAACAAAUUUUUUUCGCUUCGAGAAGAAUACAAAAAACAAAUGAAGGAAAAAAACACUUAUACUGCAUUUGCAGGGCGGUAGUGUAAAAUAUAUGGAAUAAGAAACAAUAAAGAAAACGAAACGAAUCCAAGUUUCGAUCUGAUAUAUAGGUAAAGCAAUAUAAAACUUCGAACAUCGCGGAAUAGUAUUCUAUAUAAGGUAUUUGGAACAGAAAAUAAAAUGUGUAAACGAAAACGAGGUCCGAUAUUUCGUGGGGACACAGAAAACACGCUGAAAUGAUUCGAAAAAAAAUAUGUGAAAACGGAAAAUACAAAUUAAGAAUGUACAAAAUGGUUUGUUAGGCACAUUAUUAAAUUUAUUACGUCUAAAGAUAGAAAAAAAAGAGAAAUGAAACUGAAUUCAAAUUAUUGUAUCUUUUAAGUCUGACUACCUGACGAGAAUCUCUGCCCCCACAAUUUAUAGGAUUAAUAGUUUUAACAAAAAAAAAAAGUACAGAUUACCGAAUACUCUGGAGACUACACGAAUAAAGCUUAUCAAUGAUUGUAUCUCGAGUGAUGAUUUAUUAUUUGUACUCUCGAAAAACGUUGUCAGCUUUUAAUGUUACAUGUAAAAGAAAAAUAUGAAUGAAAAAAAAACAAAGUGAAAACAAAUCCGUCGAAGAGAAGAAUUUUCUCGAAGCAAGUGUUUGUGUCAUUUUCGUGCGUUUCGAAUCUCGACGAGACACUUUUGUAAAUGUGUAACUUAUCGAACCGUCUGUGUUACUUCUUGUCUAUCGCUUGGACAGUAAUUCGCGUAACUCGAACACGUUUUCGAUAAUCGUUAAGAUACCUAUAAAGCGGCGGAUUAAAUGGCCUGCGAUCGUUUAGUCUUUAGAAGGUACCAUUAAUUUUUUACUAUGUUUGUACAUUGACCUAUGAACGCUCAAGAAUUUCGUCAUUACAAACUCUAA